UGGACGCUUCUAAAGGGGUGCUCACGUGUAACGGGCUCGUGAAGGGAGGGGCGCCAGCAGACGUUUUCUACAUCUGUUUCCAUCGUUCAAGAUUCUUUAAAAAAAAGACGGAGCAGCAAUGGCGGAGGCUCAUCAGGCGGUAGCGUUCCAGUUCACCAUCACACCAGAAGGCAUCGACCUGCAGCUGUCCUACCAGGCCCUGAACCAGAUCUACCUGUCGGGGGUCCGGUCCUGGAAGAAGCGAGUCAGCCGCAUGAAGAACAGAGUGAUAAAGGGAGUGUAUCCUGCUAGCCCAUCGUCGUGGCUCUUUGUUGCCAUAGGGAUCCUGGCUACCAUGUAUAUGCAGUCUGAUCCCAGCAUGGGGCUCAUCGCAAAGAUACAGCAGCAUCUUCCUCUGAGUCUGCAUGUUUCUCUGAGCAGUCAGGGUCAAACCAUGGUGUCAGCUCUGGUCUUCAGCACCCUGCUGUGGCUCUCCCUCAUCCUCGCCCUGCGCUUCUGCCUCAAACUGCUGCUCUCCUACCACUACUGGAUGUUCGAGCAGCAUGGGAGAGUCUCCAACACCACCAAAGUCUGGGUGACUCUGAUGAGGUUAUUUUCAAGAAAGAAGCCUUUGCUGUACAGCUAUCAAACCUCCCUCCCUCAUCUCCCCGUUCCUGGCAUACAAGACACUCUGGGCAGGUAUCUAGAGUCAGUGCGCCCUCUGUUGACGGAUUCAGAGUUUCAGCAAAUGACUAAGUUGGCCAAUGAGUUUGAGUCGACCCUUGGACACCGACUGCAGCGCUACCUAAAACUCAAAGCUCUGUGGGCCACCAACUAUGUGAGCGACUGGUGGGAGGAAUACGUCUACUUGAGGAGCCGAGGGCCAAUAAUGGUCAACAGUAAUUACUAUGGCAUGGACUUCCUGUAUGUGACGCCAACAUCAGUUCAGGCGGCGCGAGCUGGAAACACCAUCACUGCUCUCAUGCUCUACCGACGCAAAGUAAACAGAGAGGAGCUCACACCGAGUCGUGUUCCGGGCACCGUGAUCCCUCUGUGUGCAGCUCAGUGUGAGCGGAUGUUCAACACCACGCGAACACCAGGAGUCGAGACUGAUGUGCUCCUGCAUUGGCAGGACAGCGAGUUUGUGGCGGUGUACCACAGGGGGCGAUAUUUCCGGCUGUGGGUGUACCGGGCGGGCCGGCUGCUGUCUCCCAGAGAGAUCGAAUACCAGAUACAGAGAAUCCUGGACGACUCUUCACCACCGUUUCCUGGAGAGGAGAAACUGGGAGCUCUGACAGCUGGAGACAGGAUCCCCUGGGCUCAGAUGCGGCAGCAGUUCUUCAGAUCGGGCCUCAAUAAGAAGUCUCUGGACGCCAUCGAGAAGGCGGCGUUCUUCAUCACACUGGACGACGAAGAGCAGGGCAUGAAGGGAGAUGACCCAGCGGGGAACCUGGAUCGCUACGCCAAGUCUUUGCUCCAUGGCAAAUGUUACGACAGGUGGUUUGAUAAAUCCUUCUCCAUCGUAAUCUACAAAAACGGGAAGAGCGGCCUGAACGCAGAGCACUCCUGGGCCGAUGCGCCAACAGUGGCCCAUCUGUGGGAGUACACUCUGGCUACAGACGCCUUCCAGCUGGGCUACACUGAAGAAGGACACUGUAAAGGAGAGGUGGAUCUGUCACUGCCGCCGCCUCAGAGGCUGGUGUGGGAAAUCUCUCCAGAGGUCCAGACUCAGGUCUGCAGCUCCCUGGCGGUGGCCCAGGCUUUGGCUGACGAUGUGGACUGCCACGUCUUCCCCUUCAGGGAUUUUGGAAAGGGUCGCAUCAAGAAGUGCCGGAUCAGCCCCGAUGCAUUCAUCCAGAUCAGCCUGCAGCUGGCCUACUACAGGGACCGUGGUGGUUUCUGCCUGACAUACGAGGCGUCCAUGACCCGUCUGUUCAGAGAGGGCCGCACGGAAACAGUGAGGUCCUGCUCCAAAGACAGCAGUGCCUUUGUCCGAGCUCUGGAGAGUGGACAAACAGAGGAGGAGUGCAGACGUCUUUUCAGACUGGCUUCAGAGAAACACCAGAAUCUUUAUCGGAUGGCCAUGACCGGAGCUGGGAUAGACAGACACCUCUUCUGCCUCUAUGUCGUCUCUAAAUACUUAGGAGUAGAUUCGCCUUUUUUGCACAAGGUUCUGUCAGAACCUUGGCGCCUCUCCACCAGUCAGACCCCGGUCCAGCAGCUGGAGCUGUUUGAUCUGAAGAACAACCCAGACUACAUUUCACUUGGAGGAGGAUUUGGACCUGUUGCAGAUGAUGGUUAUGGGGUUUCAUACAUCAUUGUCGGAGAGGACCUCAUAAACUUCCAUGUGUCAUCAAAGCACUCCUGCAGUGAGACUGACUCCCACAGGUUUGGAGCUCAGAUCCAAAAGGCCCUUCAGGACAUAAUGACUCUGCUAUCAGCUGGUGCUAAAAGCUCCUCCUCCUCCAAAGGCUCCAACCAACCGCAGUCCAAGAAGCUCCUGUAAAGCAUGUUAGCCUUGUUACCUCACAGCCCAAAAGCUGUGAUGGAACAGGUUGAAGGUAAUAUCAGGCAUCACAUCCUGAUGAUGAACAAUACCACAGGAAUGAGGUGUUGUUAUUGACAAAGCAUUAGAUUUCAGCUAAUAAAAAGGUUAUUUUUCUCCUGUAUAACUCUGAAAGAACAAACAGGCCAACAGGCUGUUUUUUUUUAUUUUUUUUAUUUUAAAUGCAUAUUUUUAGACAACUACUACGUAACAGCACAAAGGUCUUUUGUUACUUUAACAUUAGAAACAUAUCAAGCUAAUGCUAGCUCUUACGUUAGCUAUGCUAACUGCUCAGGAUUCUCGCUGUUUCUGCCUUCAACUCCUAAACCUGGUGAAGCUACGAUAUGACGACUUUUUAAGUAAGCCUGAAAGUGGCUCACGUCUAAGCAAGAGUCAGAUGGACAAAGAGGAAUUUCACCAGGGAGAAAUCAAAGUGGGAAUGCAACCGCAGGCGUUACUGGUACGUCUUCACAAGAGCUAAUCAGGGAACAAUAGACUCACCUGCUGCCUUGUUAGGUGUUCCUUGGUUGUAGCGUUGUAGCGGCUUUACACCUUUUCUAGUAAGUGGUUACCUUAGCUACUGUUGGUUUUAUUUCAUCUUGACCCAAUGUGUCUAUCUGCUAAUUAGGUAUUUUCUCAUUUUUAAACAGCCAUGCCACAUUUAAAGUUACUCACAUCUCUUUUCUUCCUCCUUCUUACACUCUAAUAGUGUUUCAACAAGUCAUCCUAUCCACUUCCAGAUGCAUAAAUAUAUUCUUUGUGAUUGACUUCUUUACUAUUUGUGUAGGUUUGUAACUAAUAAUAGUUUAGCUAUAGAUUAAUCUAUCGAGUAUUCUGACGACCAAUUGAUCAAUCGGCUAAAAGAAAACAUGCACAUUCUGCAUUUUUCAUUUAAGUCUUUUAUAAUGGAAAUACAUUAAAAGGUGCAAAUAAACAAAUAAUUAAAAUUCUUUUUGUAAUUAAGAAGAUAAACUUUUUAUGACCUAAAAUGCAAUAACGGCAUACCUCCAGUGAAUGCUUGAUCAUGUGUAGUAAAGGAAGCAUCUGCAGCUAAAUGAUCCUUCUAACAUCAACACAGUGUUGGACUGAUUUGUUGACUUUUUUUUCCCCCUGAUUAACAAUUGUAUAUCAAAAAUUGCUUAAUUGGAUAUUUAUUUUUUCAGAAUUUGAAUCGGGUGACGCUAAUACUGCCCCUUAAGAAAUUCUGUAUGGAACAGAUUUACAACGUUUUUUUUUUUUUUUUCCUUAAAUGCAAAGUGUAUAUAUAUUUUUGUACAGUUUUGGCUUAAUUACUGCUUUGAGUGUUGUUCUUUAAGCCUUUAAAUCAGUUGAUGAUUAUUUCAAUAAUUAAAUAAUCAGAUUCUAAUUCUGCCUGUUAACACACAUUUGAACAGGAGUAGCUAAUAAAGCAGCAGUUGAAUGCAUAUUAAUGACAUAGACACUGCUAGCUUAGCUCACCAGGGUGUUUGUAGCUGCCAUUGUUCCAUUAUGAAGUAAGAUCGGAUCUCUACCAGGGUGAGAAGACACUGACAUGUAAUCAGUUAAAGCUGCACAGUGAUAAGAAAUCAAUCAUUGAUGAUAUCAGUUGUGAUAAAUACUUCUGCUUCCCACACUCUCUGUGACCUCUGGCCUCUUGAUCAGUGUUAUCCGUCAGGUGCAGAUACUCUGUGCAACAAGCUGAAAAUAUUACUUGGAUACAAAGAGUGAAAUCCUGAAUCUAAAACCCAACAUCUGUUGCUUUAUAAUCACUCCUUUGGGGUACAGAUAUUGUCCACAUUUCCCCAAGGACACAAUCUCUGCUGCAAGUUGUCAAACUCUGAAGCUAAAUAAAUAAAUUAGGAUGUUCAGCUUGAUGGCUCUUGGAAAUUUGAACAACUUUUCAUGUAUAUUUUCUCAGAGUCUAAAAUAUUUUUAGGACAUUAUUCAGAGGCCACCUCUCAGGAAGCAAAGAGGGACAGAUGUCUGACGGAAAGCCGAAAACGUUCAGAACGCUGGGCUACAGUUCACCAUUCAUGUACAGUAUGAUGGAGGAGUUUGUUAAAAGGGAAGACUCACAUGUCACCAUUUAAGUUUUCCAUUUCAAGUUACUGCUUGUGUCUCAAGAAGAGAUGUUUGAAUCCCUCCUCAAGGGCCUCAACCCCCAGGUUUUGAACCAGAGCUCUUAAUCCACAAAAUGUAAAUAUUGUAUAUACAUUUGUUGGAACCCAUAAAAAUAAAUGUAAAAAGAAAAAUAUUUUAUGUGCUGCAACCUUCAGUAAUACCAAACAUGUGGUGUCUGAGUACAUUACCAUUUAUACUGAGCUGUUUAUGGCAUAGAGGUUAGCAAGAAGGGAAAGAGAAACUUUUUCAAAAGUGUUUUGUCUGUGAUUUGUAUUAUAAAGAUGUAGAUAUAACAGUUGAGUAGACGAUGUGUCGGUAGUAGAAGUAGAUGAUUUAAUACGCAUUAUUUUUAUUGCUCUCAUUUAGUGUUUUUUUUUUUUUUUUCUCUGUUUGUUUUGGGAGGUGAGAGGGUGUUGCGUAAAGCCCAUGAAUGCCCUUACGGUCUUUUAGGUUUGCAAAUGUAACUUUGAACAAGACUCUGACUUCAGCUCCAUCUGAGUCAUCGCUCUCACAUUGCAGUAGUUGUCAUACUUAAUGUCAGUUUCCUAUUAACCACAGGCAGCUCCAUGUCUCCAAAUGAAACUUACUCUUUAAUAGUCUUAACCUCAAGACGGUGUAUAAACAUGUCAGGGAUUCCAGCCCUGGCUAGAAACCUGCUGCCUGCAGAGGCAAACCCUUGUGCCUGUGUGAAAAUGUUUACUCUGCUCAACAGUAUCAAUGCAAAUGAAUGAAUCAAUGCAAACCCAGUGGGAAACCUUCUACAAUAAAAUGCUCAGCGGUUAUGUUUUAAUGAGAACUUGCUACAGUUUGGCCAGUUUGCUGCUAUUUGUACCGUCAGAAUUUGUAACUUGUCUUAUAAUGGGGUGGGGAAACUACUUCAUCCCAACUACAUAAGUCUGUUUAAUGUUUUAAGCUAAAAAUUGUUGUUGAUGCAUGAAAUAUUUAGUAACUAAA